ACUUUAAUUCCAAUAAAAUAUGAAAAAUUAAAAUAAAAUUCAAACGACGACGACGAUUUUUUUUUUUGUUAAAUGGAAUAUUUGAACGGAUGCCAAGUUGCUGUGAGAAGAGACACAAGUUGCGAUUGUGACACCUUGUUAGUUGUUGUUCAGUGGCAAUAGGAAAAUCGCAAAAAAAUGGAAGCGAUAAAUGAUAAGGAAGAAUUGACAGCUGAAUGGACAGUUCACGCCCAAUUAAAGCUCGUUCGACCUUCAGAUGUGAAGCGAAGUCAAAGUUUGGGGCGACUUGCAUCGCCUCGAUCCGAUGCGAGAUCCACCGAUGGCGGAAAUACGCAAACUUUUGUCUACAAAUGGCGCUCCGAUUGCCCGGAUAAGGCAAUUACCGACACUUUUGACGCCUCAAAGGUGAAUUCUGGGAGUUUUAACGCGACACACACGAUGGGAACGGAUAGCGGCAUCGAUAGUCAAGGCAAAAAUCCGCAAUGUACGAGUACGUGUAGCAUCGUGUUGACUGCUUGUGCGGAUUUGAUGCCUCAAUUGAUGCGCGAAACGACAGAAAAUGACUUUUCGUCGUCACUCAAGACGGAAAACGACACAGAUUCGAAGGAUGCGGCAGUGCAAACGAGCGAUUGUGAGGUUUACUACACGAAAGAUUGGGCGGAAUUGGAAACGCGACGCAAACAAAUGCAAGAAUUGCGGAAAUUAGUUGAGGAGAGUCGUGAAUGUGAAAGGCAAAUGCUUUCGCCUCCAAAUAAACUCGAUCGAUCUCCGAAUUUCCAAUCACCAACGAACACAAUUUCAUCGAAAGCGAGUCAAAGUAGCAGAAAUCGAUGCUGCGAUAGUGCCGGUGCGAAGAAAAAACCCCCAAGAACGGUUCAUAUUGACGUUUAUUGUACGGCAUCUGAUGCGGAAGACACAAGCGGCGGCAAUAGCCCAAGCAAAGUGAUGAGUCCUACAUGCGAUAAUCAAUCCAACGCGACGCCACAAACGGUUUUCGAGUCGGAAGAGAUGAAAUUACGCCAAAGAUUCGUCGCUGGCAAAGAAUUACCGCGAAAAUUGGCAUCAACGCCCACAAAUUCCAGCGGAAAUUUGUUCCCGUUGAAAAAAUCAAGCACAAAAGACGAGAUCGACGAGUCGAAACAGAUGCUUUUCAACAAAUAUCUCGGCGAUCAAGCGCAAAUACGGAAAUUUAACGCGAUGAAAUCCCGCAUGAACCCGUUUCGACGAGAUAUUAGCGAUGACGCUAUUAGUUCCAACUAUCCCAACUCGAGUUUAUCGACUUUUCGUGAUGCCACAUGCAGCAGUGUCUCGUCUUUUUUGCAACAAUCGGUGUCUAUUGAGGAAGUUGAGCCCGAAAGCUAUCCCGCAAGUCGAAAUAGUCUCCUUUACCCGUCAGACAGCUUCGAAUACGCCAAUUCCGAGGACAAAUUACGCAUCAAAAUCAUGGAUCAGAAUGUUUGGGCUUCGAAAACGUCGCAAUUUAACUCACCCGAGGUUGAAAGAAAAUUUUUAUAUGAACAAAAAAAGAUGCAAGAUAGUUAUUUGAAGCGAAAACGGAUGGGAAUGACACAAAAAAGUCACUCCGAUUCGGAAGAAAAUUCCGAAGAAGACGCUUUACAGGAGUUUGUGUUCGAAAAAUUCAAUAAAAUGAAGAAUGCGUCGAGUAGAUCGCUGGAUAUUAGUAAUACAGACUCGGUUGACACUGUGAAAUGUUGUCAGCCAGAGAAAACUGCGACAGGAGACUUGCCUAAAGCGGGUAGUAAAGAUGUUGUGACGUCAUCAGGACGUAAUAGUCGAGCUUCAACGUUGAAAUCUUUCACUCCGGACAUUUAUUCGGACGAUUAUUUGAGCAGAGCGAAGAAUUUCGGUAGAUUAAUUGGCGGUUUGAGGAAACCCGGGCAUCAUAUAGGCCCCGUACGGAAUCCAGAAUGCUUGUGUGAUCAUUGUCGACAAUGGAUGGCUGAACGGGAGCAAUAUAGGACACGAGCGCAAUCCGUUGGAGAGCUUAUGCCGAUAACGCGCUUGCAAAAAUGGAAGCGCGGAGAGAAUGUUGACUAA